AAAUGUUAACUAGCUGAAACUGUCAAACCAAUCAGCUCAGAGCAGGGCCCCCCAGAACUGACCUCUGUUCUUGCCUGUGUCAUUCUCUCUAGCUUCUCCUUGCCUCUGUGCAUUGAUGGUGCCUUCAACAUCUACCCUCUACUUAACUUCUCUUACGCUUAAAAAUCUUUAUUUCUAGCCUAAACUUUCCUCUACUGUUGGACCAUUGCCUCUUAGUCAGCCAUGUUCUGAGAAUGAACAGUUCCCUUCCUUAGUCUGUGUUAAUGGUGCUGGCCCAUAUGUAGCCCUGGUCUAAGUCUAUUGAUUGAAACAGAAUCCACCAGGUCUGAAUUUGUCCUACUCAGCCUAUAGACUGGCGUCCUGUCUCUGCUACCUUCUGCCCAUCCCAUCUGGGGCCAUGUUGCGUAAGACUUGUGAUCAUGUCCUUGCAGGCAAUUGGACAGUGAGCAACACACUGCCAGGGCACCUGCUGCUUUUUAAAGAAAUGUAUCAACUGUGCCUUGCUCCUUCUUGCCCACUCCAGAACCACAGGCUGGAGAUCUCUUAGAAGCCACCAUGCAGUGAUCCCCAAAAGACUCCACUGUCUCCUCUCUACCAGAAUCUCACAUCCUCCGCACCAACAGUAGCUCUGUCCUCGCUGAAUCGAGUCAACCCAGCUCUCCACCUCUUUCCACCCCGAAGUUCUCAAGGGGCUAAAGAUGGGGACAGUGAUAUCAUGCACUUCCCCCACAACAUUCCUCCCCUAGUGCUGCUCCCAUCACACCUACCCCUCCUGCAAGGGCUGCCUGGUGGCCCCUCAGCCACUUCUGGUCUGGGAAUCCCUAGAUCCGCAAAGUCCAUCUCUCAUCAUCUUCACCAGAUGGCACUGUUGUGCCCGAGCAGAGCCCUUGGCUGGGAGGCUUGCUGCUGGAUGCAGUGUAGACAUGUCCUAAGCCUGAGACUGUCAGUUUAGGACUUAGUGCUCUGAGAGCCCUUGAAGACUGAGCCCCAUCUUCUCUGCAGUACUGGUGACACGUUUGUGUUGUGUAGUUCUUUCCCUCAAUCAGCGGCGGAUUUAGGGCAGGGCGAGCAGGGUGGCUGCCCCGGGCCCCGCACUUCCUGAGGCGCCGCGCAUGCACCGUGUCAAAGGAGGGGCCCCGCGAAAUUUUGCUGCCCGGGGCCCCACGGUGCUCUUAUCCACCCCUGCCCUCAAUAGACACCACUCUCCCUGUAACCUCAGUGUCUCCAGAUUAGACCCUCAAUUACGCCCAUGAAAACCCACUGAGGAUGGAUGGGGUUGCACAAAUCUCACUUUGGCUUGUAGAAGCUUUGUUACAGGUGACCCUGGGAGGGAAGGGAAGCCUGACUCUAAGAUCUAGGCUGAGUUUGCCAGAGGAGCAGACAGAAAAACAAGUUUAUUACCUGCAAGUUUAUCAAAUUUGAUGUGGAACUCAGCGGUGCCCAGUGAAAAUGAAGCCCCAUUCUAUCCUCUUGGGGGUUCCGCAGGGGUCUGUUUUGGGACCGGUUCUGUUCAGUAUCUUCAGCAAUGAUUUAGGUGAUGCCACAGAGAGUAUGAUUAUUAAGUUUGCAGAUGAUACCAAGCUGGGAGGGAUUGCAAGUGGAGGAUAGGGUCAGAAUUCAAAAUGAUCUGAACACACUAGAGAAAGUGCUUCUUAUGCCACUGCAGAACUGAAGCUUAGUGGGAAAGAAAAUGGAGGCUUUGGUCACUUUACAUGGAUAUCCGUCUCAGGCUGAGGAGGACAAAAAAGCAUAACUGAAUGAAAAAUCUGGGACGAGGAUGACUGCAGAGGUCGGGCAUUUAAGAUGUGACCCUUAUCUGCAUUGUCCAUGACCUCAGACGUGAUGGUUCUAGACCGUGGUCGCUAGAUCCCAAAGCAGGCUCAUGGAAAAGCUAGAAGAGUUGUGUACCAAGCAGUCCAAGGCAUUGUCUCCCUGCCGCAGGAAGCCACUGGCCAAGCUUGCUCACUUUCAAGAACAUGGAGGCGAUCAGAAAGAAGUCGUCUUCCCACCAUCUCCCCAGAGCUGUCGAAGUAGGGAUGUGCCAGAACUGCAGGGCCCAGCAGAGCCCCCAACAGUGUACAUUGAUUUAAGGGAUGCUAAGCCACACCAAUCUGCGUUUCUGCCCAAUGAAAAUCAAAGCUUCCACUGUGACAGUUCCACUGAGGAUGUGACAGUUCCACUGAGGAGUGACAGUUCCACUGAGGAUGAGGGGGACACAACGGUUAAGGACCAACAGAAAACAAAGAGUAUGCCAAAGUCUUCCCAAGGACCACGCGAUUGCACUGGGAAAAGCCUGCUGCUGCAGCAGCUCCGUAACUUCCGUAAAGAAGCAUCCCAGCCUCUUGCUAAUGAGGCCUCUAAGCAGGUGCUAAGAGGUGAAGGAAUGAGCCAGGAUCUUGAGAGCCUAGAAGAGAUGGGCACCCUGAAAAUCAGGCGAAAACGCUAUCUAAGAGUGAGAGGGGAGGCAAACAAGGUGACUUCCAGGUGGUUGGUGCGCUCAGACUCACAGAGAGGAAGUCCCCCCCUGCCAAGCCAUGUGAGACAUGGAGUCGAUCCUUCAAGGGAAAACCAGAAAGAGACUGAAGACGCUCUACGUUCAGGAAGUGCUCCAGGGCCCCCACUAAAUAAAGCAGCAGAAUCCCCAAGGACAGAAGAAAGUGUGAGAGAGCUCUCUCAGAAGGAGAAGCAAAUGAAAGAGAAGCACAGGAGACAGAGACUCCAGGAGCAGCUGGAGCGAUUGCAGCCUCAACACUCAGUCACUGGAAAGCAGCCCAUGGCAGAGAAAACACCCGUUUUGUUCCACCCGGAAACCUCUUAUUUGCCAGCGGUUAACGUGCUACCCAGCGCAGACAGCGCUAGUGGUGAGAUGCAUCUCAUGACGAUUUGGCUCUCCAGCUGUGGACAAGUAGCCACAUGUGGUCAGCACAGUGGACGCUUCCCAGACACUGUCUUGACAGCAGCCAGCACCUACCAUGCCCUUGUUACCUGGCUGCUCUCCCUGGUCUCUCCCUUGAAAGUGAAAGGUGGCCCCAGCGUUCCAUUUCAGGUGCUGGGUCUACAGCAGGUGUGGCGGGAGGAUGGGCUGGCGCUCUACGCUUGCCUGAUUCCAACAGACGACUCUCCAGCGCAGAACCCCACCAAAAUCCGGAAGCACAAAGCUAAGGACGACCUUCGAGGAACAUCCAUUUUUUACCAGCAGAUCUCUACCUACCUGUCGCAUACAUGGCUGUCAAGUGUUAUCUGGUGGCACGGAGAACUGACCAGUCACCUCCAGAGCCAGCUAUACCCACUCCUUCCAGAGAUUCCCGUUGUACGGCUCAGCUGCAUCACCGCUGUUAACCCUGACCCUAAGGCUGUGGAGAAAGCAUUUGCAAUGCCAGCUGGGUUCUACUGGCAGACAGUCGAGACUGAUGAAAAAUACUUCCCUCACAGCAGUGACAUUGGGGCUAGCACAGAUUUAGACACUGAGGUGGCUGUGGUGUUGCUGUUUGAAACCCUGCUCCGAACUCCUGUGGCUGUCCAUCACACGUUACAGCUGAUCCUCCGCGCUGGUCUGGAUAUCUGUGGGCUCCGCUUGCUCUAUCCCCAGCACAGCGUGCUCCUCUCUAGCACAGACAAGCUGCCUUCUGCUUACGCUCCAGAGGCUGGCAAGGUACCCCCUGUGCUGGCUUUAGGUGUGAGAGGGCCAAACGCCCGAAGCGCCUUGCAAGAUAUCAUAGGGCCCUCGGAUCCACAGCUGGCCCGCAUGACAGACGGCAGCUCCAUCAAUGCCAUCUACUGCAGGAGCCACGCUGAGCCCCUCGCCUACCUGCCCCACACAGACAGCCGCGUGCACAGGGAGCUGUGCCUCUAUUUCGGAGGGAGAGCAUGCUGGGAGGAGGUGCUUCUUGCUGGUGUCCAGAAUCCUGCCUGCAAAUAUAACAAAACCAGGCCUCAGAGUCCAGUCUGCAACAGAGCCACUGUUGACCAAGAGCGGGCUGAUCUCCAGGACAUGGCACCAUCCAGGCCUCCAGCAACCCUGGUCUCAACCACCAAAGGGGAUGUCAUUGUGGUCGUGUCGCCUGCUGUGCCACCCCAUGCAUAUGGGGAUGUGAUUUCAGUCUGUUCCCAGAGAGGGUUCACUCUGCAGGGCAUCAAGCAGCAGCGACUGUCUCCCAAGCGAGCCAUCAUGCUCAGCAUGACAGCAAGUCAGGUGGCUGUUUUUUGCCCUAACAAGAUUUCAAGUGCCACGGAGAGAUCCUCAAGAGAAGACCUUCCUGAUGAGCCACGCUUGCACUGCCUGAUCCUACUGCUGCGGAAGGAGAAUGCUGGCCAUCAUGUGCCUGCGCUGGUGAGAGGGCUGAUGAAGGAACUGGCAGAACGGGGCCUCCUUGGGGAGCUACGAAGCAGCUUGCCACCCAGUGCUGAACUGGGAUCUGCAUGGGGUAUCCACGUAGCUCCCUAUACCGACAGCCUGCUGCAGACACUGGGAGGCAAUCUGAGUGCAGUGCCAGACUUGGGUAUGGUUCCUCUGGAUCUUUUAUGCCGCCGAAGCUACGCCUCGGAUCCUGAAAUGGAACAAGUUGUCAUCCUGACUCUAGUUGGGAAGGAAGCCCUGAAGAGUGCUGGCCAUCUUCUGUGCCACAUCCUUCGCCCUGGCUGCCAGAAGCAGCCUCCGAACUCCGAGGGACUUGACCCUGGGUUUGAGCUUCUGAGCCUCAAGUGGCUGCCCCGUCUCACGCGAAGUCAGGCCAAGGAAGUAAGCCCCUUCGAGGUGGGAGACACCUGCUGGCAAAGAAGCCUCAAUAUGCUGAUGUCCAGCCCAGCUCUCGUCUGUGCGCUGCGCAGGGUCAACGCCUUUGGGGUUCUUGCCGAGACUCUGAAGAAGCUCAGGCUUCUGGGGGACAAGCAGCGCAUGGGCACCGGGGACCUGCAGAGAGUCAUGGCCUUGACUCCAGAGACGGCCUUCAGGCAGGCGGCUCUCUUCUUCUCCGACAAGGAGCUCGUAGCCGAUUGCACUCGCCGCCCUGCUGGGAAGUACCUGCCACCCGCUGGCAGAGGAGCCCGGGCUGAAGGGGCAGAGACUCGGAGAGGCCACGCAGAGUCGCUGUUCGCCUACAUGCAAGCAGGAGCCCAACUUCUGUGCACUGUGUUGCUGAUCAAACCUGGUGUCUGGGCUCGUAGCCUCGCCAAGAUCCUCCGAAAAUUAGUCCUGGAAAAAUUCAGCCUUGUAGGGAUGAAACACAUAAGCCUGAAACCAGACAUUGUCUUAGGAUUUCUCUGUUCUGAAGCUAAACAGGAGCCUGCAAUUUUAGAAGCUCAUAGCAGCUACCUCACCUCUGGCUCCUCCCUUGUGUUGUGCCUGCAGAGAGAGAAUGCUGUAAAGAAGCUGGUGGACUUACUGGGGCCGGAGGACCCUACGCUGGCCCAUACGCUGGACCCAUGCCUUUGGAGGGCUCAGUACGGUACCAGCUCAGUCCAAAAUGGAUUCUAUGGCUCCGGAUCCUACCACGCUGCUGUCCGGGAUACGAAGCUGUUUUUCCCAGAAGGGCUGUGCGGGGCCGAUUGCCUGGUGCUGAAGGAAGAGGAGAUUGAGAACAUGCAGCGGGACCCCGUGGUCCAACCGGAACACGGCAAGCGGCGCAGGGUCGUAAGGCGUGAAACCAGAAGGCAGCUCGGCUCCCGGGGCACCGAGCAGCAGCAGAGUCUAGACCGGCCAUUGCUGGACACACUCUGCCAAACCACUUGCCUGAUACUUCCUGGGAUAACCCUUCGGGGCUCCGAGCACCCACCCUGCCUUGGACUGCUAGACCAGCUGAUUGGCAGAGAUUUCACAGUGACAGGGAUACGUCUCACCGUGCUGGACAAAGCACAGGCUCACCUCGUCUCCGAGACACUGAGCUCGGAGGGGCGCAGUGUUUCAGCAAUGCAUUCCCUGUUGGAUGGGGCCUGUCUGGUGGUAGCAGCACAGCGAGACAAUGCCGUUAUUUGCUUUGACUCCCUGCUGGACAGUGGCCAUCGGCAGAAGCAGGCCGUGCAGGACUGCAUGCGGCAUCUUCUGUAUCCUCAGACCGAGAAGCAGGCUGAAGAGCUGCUCUGUUGCCUUUUCGACUCCCUGACGUCCAACAGCUUCUACCGCCUUGAAAUCCAGGAUUCCUAGCCCGGGUUUUCUGUUCUCCUGAGCAGCCCAGCUGCAAAUCCCAUCGGGGUCUGAGCACAGGAGGCCUCAGGACUGCACUGGUAGAGCAGCCCUGUCCCAUUUGGGAUUAAAAUGCCAAGGCUGGAGCGUGGCGUUUGCAUCGCUAAGU